AUGGCGUACAACCGACCCUACAACCCGGACGAGCUACCAAGAUUCGCAGAGCCAGACCAGCAGAAAAGUGGCGCCCCCAAGCCCUCUUCGCGAUACGACAGCAAGCCGCCCCCGCCGCUCCCCAGCAACAGCAACUACAGUAGCCAUCACAGCAGCAGCAGCUAUGGAAACAGCGCGCCGCCGCGACGCGACCCGGGCCGCCUGAGCCCGGCCGCCAACUACCCGCCCCAACCGCACCACUCCUCAACCAUGUCGCCGCCGCCGCAGGCCUCGGGGCACCGACCGACAGCACACAACCGGCCCCCGGCGUCGAGCCGCCCGCCGCCUUCGCCCGGUCCAAUAGAGGAGGGCGCGGAUCCGACGCUGUUGCCGCUGUUUAGGGCUGUGGAUAAGGAUGGCACCGGCCAGCUCUCGGAGCGCGAGCUCUCGACGGCGCUCGUCAACGGCGACUGGACGGCGUUCGACUCGCAGACGGUGCGCAUGAUGAUCCGGAUGUUCGACAGCGACCGCAGCGGCACCAUCGGGUUUAAGGAGUUCUGCGGGCUGUGGUCGUUCCUGGCCUCGUGGCGCACGCUCUUCGACCGCUUCGACACGGACCGCUCCGGCAACAUCAGCCUCGACGAGUUCAACAACGCCCUCGUCGCCUUCCGCUACCGCCUCAGCCCGCGCUUCGUCGAGCUGCUGUUCUCCACCUACGACAAGCGCAGCGAGGGCGUCAUGAGCUUUGACUUGUUCAUCCAGGCCUGCAUCAGCCUGAAGCGCAUGACCGACGUCUUCAAGAAGUAUGACGAGGACCGCGACGGCUACAUCACGCUGAGCUUUGAGGACUUCUUGGUCGAGAUUCUGAAGCAGCUCAAGUAG